ACAAAUAGGACAAAAAUGUAAGACAUGGAGGUUUUUUUUUAAACAAAAGUUAUAAGAAAAUUAAAAUAAAGGUGAUUUUCCAUGGAAAUUUUUCUUCACUACUCAUUCACAAAAUCCCCACCCAAAUAUGCUUUGUUAGUGUAAUAGUUUAUGCUUAACUUGUCAUUUUUGAGCUCGAUUGUAACAAAAUCAUGGGCGCUUCAGAGUCUACUUUAUCCAGCCUACAGACGCCGGGUGAUAAAAUCACCACCGUAACAGAGCGAUUGGAAACUUCUGAUCCCAUUUUAGAGCGCCUUAAAUCCCUCAAAAUUACGCCGCCCGUAUUAACGUCUCCUCCAACAGAGGGUACCUUAACUGAUAUUUUAGUGAAGAGGCCUUCAUCUUCUUCAGCUUCAGCUACAGUGAAUCCCAAGGUUUUACUGGAGCUCUUCUCCAUGUACCGUGAUUGGCAGGAAGAAAAGGUCCAAGCGAUAAGCAAAAAACAGGAGGAGAUAGAAAACAGAAUAGAAGUUGCUGAUGCUUUGGCAAUCAAACUUUUUAAGCGAUAUAAUCACUCAACGUCCACAAUGAAGACUGCUUCACAGCAUCUAUCAGGAGUUCAUGGAUUGCAGGUGGAAAUUGGAGAGCUCAAAGGAAGGUUAAAUGAAGUUAUCAGUAACUGUGAUGCUCUGUGCAAAAGGAUUGCAGCAGAGGGCCCAGAACCACUCCGGUCAUCGAUCAAACCUUUCGCAAUUGCUAAGCCUGACCGAGAAAUUAGCUCAAGCUCAACUAGCUUGCAAACAGUUACAAAAACAAUUCCACCUUCUGCAGAAUAGUAGUUGGACCAACAGGUUUGAUUAUUGCUCAUAUUUUCAGAAGCUUCUUGCAUUUUAGUCGAAUUUGAGAGCUUCAAGUGCUUUUGCAUCACAAUCACGAGGUUGACUAAUUUUAUAUGGGCCAUGCUUUGGAUGGAGUGCACGAAGCUUUUCAUUAUUUGAGAUCUAACUCAUGGGAACCUUAGAGCAGUAGGGCCACGUUACAAUGCUUCUACAUAAGGUAGUUGAUCCCAUCACCGACACCAAAAGUUUGGGCUUGCUAAUUGGAGUCAAAAAAUUGAAAGAACGUGAUAACACAACACGUGAUCAGACAUGAAGCAAUCAUUUAAUUUAUUUUAAUUGUUUUGUCAAAUUUUUAAGUUAGUGGUUUUGGGAAGUUCCCAUUAUAGAUAGUUUAAGGCAUCUCUGAAAAUUGGGCUAAUUUCACUAUUAAACGCCCACACGAUUAUGUAAUUGUGCAACAUUUUGCUGUUUUUCAUCAACAGUGCUAUUUAAACAAAUAAAGUUGGUUUUUGUUUGUGCUAAA